AUGUCUUCCACUGUUACCCAAACUAUGAACAAUAAUCCCACUGAAAAAGUGACAUUCACAGCAUCCAACAGUCAAGCAGACUUUGACUUGCUCGACAUCUUCUCCAACGACAUGGACUUCGAACAAGCUUACGAUAUGUACAACAACUUGCAAGAGAAAAACGCCAUGGGGUCAUUCGAACAAUUACAAAAAGUCCAAGCAUUGAACCAGCAAUACGUCUCAAACUUACAACCACCAUCGUCGGCACAGUUCCCAGACCAGUUUGCUUACGAAAGAGCCCAAAUCCUAAAUGGCGAAUACAACAAACAAUCAGGACUCAUGAACGAUGCCACGAACAAAAACUACUCAUUCAACGACGACACGUUUGACCAAUUCUUUACCAACACCGAAUCCAACGCAUUAGAAAAGUUUUUAGACAAUUUGGCCAACCCCGUUGCUUCAGUUAACCCAUUACAGUUCUACAACAACACAAGAACUUCUGUGCCCGAUGAAGAUGUCGAUUUGAGUUUUGAAUUGCACACCAUGAAAGUGCCGCAACAGUUUAAACCACGAAGCCAAAGUCUCGAGCACAACCCACCACUACAACAGAAAGUAAGAUUCACUGAAGAGGAACACGCUGCUUUAAAGCAAGAGUUGACAGAAGCAUUUGCUCACCCAUGUACACAACUACCAUCACCAAGCACAACCGAAUACAAACCCAAACCCACCACCCCCAAAGUUGUCAAGCAAUUUGUCACGCCACCAAAUUCUGGAGACGAGCUGAGAAAGAGAAACAGCGACAUCGAAAGCGACGAGAGCGAAGAAGAAACCACCCCCACCACCAAAAAGAGAAAGAGAACAUCUAGCAAGCCAUUGCUUAGCGUUGAACAAAAACGAUUAAACCACUCCCAUUCAGAACAGAAAAGACGCCAGUUGUGCAAAUUCGCCUACCAACGCUGUCUCGAAUUGAUAAUAGACCUAGACGCAUUCAACAAGCUACCUGAACUAAACGAAAGCGAACGCAAAUCAAAACGUGCACGAGUUAAUAAAGAUGGAUUACCCAAUUUGAGUAAACACAACGCCUUGAUAAGAAUCAGCAAUGAAAUGAUUCUAAUCAAAUCAAUGAACGACAGUUUAAAGAAAUUAAUAGAAAAUAGGUAG